AUGGAAUCCUAAGUAUUGCUAACAUUCAAAGGACUACCUGAGGCAAAGUGUUCUUGGGAAGAAUAAGGACUGGGAGGAGAAGAAAGACAGGAACCAGGAAACUUGGCUAUCAUGGAUGCCAAAGUAGGAGAGAAAAUCAGCAGGGGAUGAUCACCACUGUGGAGCAUGGCAGAAAUGCAAAUCCACAGGCUCACUGUUAAAGCAGAGGGAAGCAGCGUCUUGAAUGUGAAGAGAAACCAUAGACAUGAGAUCCAAAAGCCAGGAGGCUUUGUUUAAUGAUUACAAGUUGAAAGAAAGACAGCACGUUUCUUCUUCUAUCAAGAAAUUGAACUUCACCAACAUAGCAGGACUCCUCAAAGUCAUCUGGACUAGCUCUGAACAGUGUCGCAAGCUUACUCAUAAGGACAUCUUUUAACAGAAACUAUCCUAGAAACAAUUACUUCAAAAGAGUGAAGAUAUCUUUAUGAGGUGAGGAUUUCUCUUCCUUUGGGUAUAACCAAGAAGAGGGAUGUAUGGUCCCAAGGUCAUGAAAUUUUUCUAUAUUCCUAUCUAGAAACUUGUUAAGGUGGCAUGUAGUAUAUUUUGAAUGUGCAGUUCUCUCACUCCUUAAGGUACUGGAUGGAUAUUAAAUCACACUGCACCAAAUCUGACAAUCACAAGAAGUUGUGUUAAUCACACAUUCUAGCAUAUGCAAAGCAAGGGAGAUCUCUGGGUGAACAGUAAUAGUGUCUCACCAGCAAGAACUUACUCUUGAAUACCUUCAGAAAAGAAUUGGGAGAACAAGAGUGAAGUCCCAGGGGAAAGAUAUAGAGAGGCAUUAUUUCUUCAAGAGGAAAAAACUCUACAAAACUAAAGAGGAGAAAGGAUAAUCUCAAAUGGUGGCUUUUUUCCAAUCUCAUCUUCACUUUAAUUUUGAGAUAUUCUGUAUAAUAUUGGGGUUAAGAAGGAUUACAAGAUAGAAGUUAGAAACUACUAAACAGUAUUUAUUUAGAAGAAUCUGUCGUCCAUGGAAUCCAGUUAAAAAAACUCUUGAGUUACUAAAACAUCUCCACAAGCCAAUUGCUUCCAGAAAGUCUCUACUGCAGCACAAGAUGGUUCCAUUAGCAGAUUAUGAUCAACACUUGGAGCCAUUAGACCACUCCUACCAAACAGCCACAACCAAUUCAUUAACACAUCAAUACACAGACAAAAAUAUCAAUCAACUCAAUAACCAACAUGUGGCUAAAGUGCAAUCCUAUAGCAAUUACCUUGCAGCACCUCCAGUAGGCUCUAGCAAGAAGGUCCAGAGCCCUUCGAUAUCACCAUCUUCCAAGUCUCAGGACAACAUUUCGCAGAGCUUCUAUAACAAAGCUUUGAAAUCACCCUUAUCCUUCUCCAAACAUCAGGCCACACCUUCUCUAGACCUCCACCAGAGAAGUUCAGGAUGGCCCAUUAGGAGAGGGCUGAGCUCACCUCUGGCCUACUCUAAACCUCAGACAACAACCUCACCUAAUCUCCACAAGAAAUCAUCAUCAUUUGCACCCAGUCAAACAGCCCUCAGUUCACCAUUACCCUUUGCUGAACCUCAGACUACAUCUUCAGGCUUAGACCUCUGCAGAACAGCACCUUCACUGAAGUCUAGUCAAACACUCCCAAGUUCAUCAUUAUCCUCUCUCCAACAUCAAGAAGCACCUUCCUUAAAUAUUAUCUGGACAUCACCUUUGGAAUCCAACGAAAGAGUUCUUAACUCACCAUUACUUCAAUCUAAGUCUCAGAAAACAUCUUCACUGGACUGCCUUUGGACAUCUUUAUUGGAACAGAGUCAAAAAUAUUUGAGCUCACCAUCACUCAACACCAAACUGCAAACAAAUGACUUCUUUCAGGAAUCGCCUUCUUUGGAGCCCAAUCAAAUGGCUCUGAGCUCUUCAUUACCUGACUCCAGACUUCAGAAAACACCUAUGUUGAGCUCUUAUCACAGUAUUCUGGGUGUACCAUUGUCCCACUCAAAACUCAGGAAAACAUCUUUAGCACAUUCUGUUCACCAGUCUCAGAGCUUACCAUUAUUCCAACCUAAAUCCCAGACAGUACUCACACCUGAUCAUAAAUUUCGGACGCUCAGUUCACCAGUAUGUCACUGCAAGCUUCAGAGUACUACUUCACCAAAUAACAAAAACAGAGCCACAAAUUUACCAUCACCCUAUCCCAAACCAAAUGCCUCAGGCCAAUCAUUGUCAAGUCCCAAACACUACACCAGGAACACUGCUGUUUCAACAUCGGAUUCUAGAUUCCCGAGUAAAAACAGCUUUGCUCUUUGUGCACAGAUGGAAUCAAAUAAAGAAAUUCCAUGGACUUUAGAUUAUAGUCAGCCAUGUGUUGUUAAAGGUGGAACUGUCCCCAGGGAUAUUGUAGACAAAAUUGUCAAUUCUAUCUCCAAGACCAAAAUCCAGAGGGAUCUCUGUAGGCAGAUUCUCUUUCGAAGGAUGAGGGGAAAGCCAAAUCCCCGUCCUGGUCCGCGCCUUUCAUCAAAUUAUAUGGUUUGUUUAGCUUGUGCUUCCUGCAUAAAAUCUCAGUGUAACCACCUUACAGGAAAGAAAGAUCCUCACCGAGCAACACUGUUUGUCAUACCAACACCUGAGAUCAGUUCUGAGGGUAAAACAAACGUGAAAUUAGUUCUCAUCCUUUCUCUGCCAGAGACUUCUUCCUCCUCUUCUCUCCCUCUUCUUAUGCAAGAAGAUCAGUCUGAUGAAGCCCCUGAAGAUAACCUUGAAGGAAUAGAGAAGAUGUCACACUUCUUCCCUACAUCUGAAUCUGCUAUUAUCCAGGGGCUUAAUAUGAAGAAACAAUGCUUGACAGUAGAUUCUGCAAACAAAAUGAUAAGCCAACCACCCCAGCCCACUGACUGGCUGUUUUAUGUUAAAAAAGGUAGUAAUACUCAGCCACAAUCCCCACUCCCCUCAUCUUCUAACUCUUCCUCUUCCUCCUCCUCCUCCUCUGCCUCCUCUGCUUCCUGUUCUUCAUCUUCUUCCUCCUCUUCCUCUUCCAUCUCACUCUCCUUACCCCCUCCUCCCAAAGAUUCUAGCACACCUUCUCUCUCAGGUUGUGUAUUCACAAAGGCAUUUAGUUAUCACCGGUUACCUCCUGGGGUCUCCUGGCUUGAAUUUAUAUGUAGUAAAGAUCAUCAGCCCCUUCCUGGGAAACUAUAUCAUAGUCAAUCACCAGCCCCCAAAACAAAACCAGUGAGGAAUAACACCACAGUAAGAGGGACAAAGGGAUCAAGCACACUGUUCAAAUAUUUCCAGAAGAAGUUUCAAAAUGAGAAAUCCCGAUUAAAUUAA